AUGUUCUCGAGCCCGCCUGCAUUCCGGGCGGGACGUGCGGGUUCUGAGGGUGACGGCCUCGCCGUCCACCGUGCAGACCCGGGGGAGCUCAGGCCUUCAGGGGGACCCGGCCCGGCCUCGGAGCGGAGCGGGCGGGCCCCUCGGGCUCCGCCCCCUGUCCGCCAGGCCCCUCAGGCUCCGCCCCCUGUCUCCCAGGCCCCUCAGGCUCCGCCCCGUGUCCGCAAGGCUCCCCGGGCUCCGCCCCCUGUCCGCCAGGCCCCUCAGGCUCCGCCCCCUGUCCGCAAGGCCCCUCGGGCUCCGCCCCCUGCCCGCCAGGCCCCUCGGACUCCGCCCACUGUCUCCCAGGCCCCUCAGGCUCCGCCCCGUGUCCGCAAGGCUCCUCGGGCUCCGCCCUCUGUCCGCCAGGCCCCUCAGGCUCCGCCCCCUGUCUCCCAGGCCCCUCGGGCUCAGCCCCCUGUCCGCCAGGCCCCUCGGGCUCCGCCCCCCGUCCACCAGGCCCGUCGGGCUCCGCCCCCCGUCUCCCAGGCCCCUCGAGCUCCGCCCCCUGUCUCCCAGGCCCCUCGAGCUCCGCCCCCCGUCUCCCAGGCCCCUCGAGCUCCGCCCCCUGUCUCCCAGGCCCCUCGAGCUCCGCCCCCUGUCUCCCAGGCCCCUCGGGCUCCGCCCCCUGUCUUUUGCCGCCUAACUCACUCAUUUAAUACUCGGUUUGCCAAGUCUGGAUUUGAGUCUUUCUGCGCCCUGGGAGCCGUCACCCAGGUGUGGGCGGCUGGGCCCGCUCUGGCUGAAGUUGAAUUUGGUCUUUCUGACGCCUACCAGUGA